AAAUAGUCCGCGCCCCCAGAUGCGCACAAUUUCGGCCCUGAGGGUGCACCGCCCACCCUGGCCCACCGACCGCACCGGUGUGUUCGCUCGGUAAACCGAGGCAGGGGGCGUGCUUGUGAGUUCGUUCCUUUCCCGAGCUACAUUCCAACGCCCGCAAAACCGCCUCCCGCUCCUGAGGCCGGCGUGGGACAGCCGGGAAGAACGGGAGGAAGGGGAGGGGGCCGAAAACAAGCAGCCGGCCAGUCUGCCACACUCAAGAUGGCGGCGCGGCAGCGGCGAGGUCCUUCAGAGGCGGUACCAGCGCAUGCGCAGCGCGGAGUCCCGGCCCGGGACACAAGAUGGCGGCAGCGGCGCUGGGGAGGGCGAGGCGGAGGCGGCAAAACGGGCGGUCGAGCAGAACGUGCAGUCGCGUCCUUUCGAGUCCGCUCCAGGCAGCUGUCGAGGCAAGGAACCCAAUGGACCCGUAUUCGCUCUGCUGCUGACCGCCCACCCACCGUGCUGCGCCUUCUCUCGGGCCUGGGCCUGCCUCUGUGGGGCCUCGUGACGUGAGAUCCAACCAGCUGGAGACGAAAACCCUCUCAUGCUAGCGUUGCAGACCUCAGAGGGUCCGUUGUGGGUGCUGAGAUGGCCAAUGAGAAUCACGGCAGCCCCCGGGAAGAAGCGUCCCUGCUGAGCCACUCCCCGGGCACCUCCAGUCAGAGCCAGCCCUGUUCUCCAAAGCCCGUCCGCCUGGUGCAAGACCUCCCAGAGGAGCUGGUGCAUGCGGGCUGGGAGAAGUGCUGGAGCAGGAGGGAGAACCGGCCCUACUACUUCAACCGAUUCACCAACCAGUCCCUGUGGGAGAUGCCCGUGCUGGGUCAGCACGAUGUGAUUUCGGACCCUUUGGGGCUGAAUGCGACCCCACUGCCCCAAGACUCAAGCUUGGUGGAACCCCCGCCGGCUGAGAACAAGCCCCGAAAGCGGCAGCUCUCGGAAGAGCAGCCACGCGGCAAUGGUGUGAAGAAGCCCAAGAUCGAAAUCCCUGUGACACCCACGGGCCCGUCGGUGCCCAGCUCCCCCAGCGUCCCAGGAACCCCAACGACGAAAAUUUGGGGGACAUCCCCUGAAGAUAAACAGCAGGCAGCUCUCCUCCGACCCACCGAAGUGUACUGGGAUCUGGACAUUCAGACCAAUGCUGUCAUCAAGCACCGGGGGCCUUCAGAGGUGCUGCCCCCGCACCCCGAGGUGGAGCUGCUCCGCUCCCAGCUCAUCCUGAAGCUUCGGCAACACUAUCGGGAGCUGUGCCAGCAGCGAGAGGGCAUUGACCCCCCACGGGAAUCUUUCAACCGCUGGAUGCUGGAGCGCAAGGUUGUGGACAAAGGCUCCGACCCUCUGUUGCCCAGCAACUGUGAGCCAGUCGUGUCGCCUUCCAUGUUUCGAGAAAUCAUGAAUGACAUUCCCAUCAGGUUAUCCCGAAUCAAGUUCCGGGAAGAAGCCAAGCGCCUGCUUUUCAAGUAUGCAGAGGCCGCGAGGCGGCUUAUUGAAUCCAGGAGCGCAUCCCCUGACAGCAGGAAGGUGGUCAAGUGGAACGUGGAGGACACGUUCAGCUGGCUUCGGAAGGACCACUCAGCCUCCAAGGAGGACUACAUGGACCGCCUGGAGCAUCUACGCAGGCAAUGUGGCCCCCACGUCUCGGCUGCAGCCAAGGACUCCGUGGAAGGCAUCUGCAGCAAGAUCUACCAUAUCUCCCUGGAGUACGUCAAACGGAUCCGAGAGAAGCACCUUGCCAUCCUCAAGGAAAACAAUAUCCCAGAGGAGGUGGAAGCCCCGGAGGUGGAGCCCCGCCUGGUGUACUGCUACCCUGUGCGGCUGGCCGUGUCUGCGCCCCCCAUGCCCAGCGUGGAGAUGCACGUGGAGAACAACGUGGUCUGCAUCCGGUACAAGGGGGAGAUGGUCAAGGUCAGCCGCAACUACUUCAGCAAGCUGUGGCUCCUUUACCGCUACAGCUGCAUCGAUGACUCUGCCUUCGAGAGGUUCCUGCCCCGAGUCUGGUGUCUUCUCCGGCGGUACCAGAUGAUGUUCGGCAUGGGCCUGUACGAGGGCACAGGCCUGCAGGGGUCGCUGCCCGUGCACAUCUUCGAGGCCCUCCACCGACUCUUCGGCGUCAGCUUUGAGUGCUUCGCCUCGCCCCUCAACUGCUACUUCCGCCAGUACUGCUCCGCUUUCCCAGACACAGACGGCUACUUUGGCUCCCGAGGGCCCUGCCUGGAUUUCUCCCCGCUGAGUGGUUCCUUUGAGGCCAACCCUCCAUUCUGCGAGGAGCUCAUGGAUGCCAUGGUCUCUCACUUCGAGAAACUGCUCGAGAGCUCGGUGGAGCCGCUGUCCUUCAUCGUGUUCAUCCCCGAGUGGCGGGAACCCCCCACCCCAGCGCUCACCCGCAUGGAGCAGAGCCGCUUCAAACGCCACCAGCUGGUCCUGCCCGCCUUUGAGCACGAGUACCGCAGUGGCUCCCAGCACGUCUGCAAGAAGGAAGAGAUGCACUACAAGGCCGUCUACAACACAGCGGUGCUCUUCCUGCAGAACGACCCUGGCUUUGCCAAGUGGGGGCCGACCCCCGAGCGGCUGCAGGAGCUGAGCACUGCCUACCGCCAGUCAGGCCGCAGCCACGGCGCCAGCUCCUCCAGCUCCUCCAGCUCCUCCGAGGCCAGGGACCGGGAUUCGGGCCGUGAGCAGGGCCCUAGCCGUGAACCUCACCCCACUUAACACAUCCCGCGGGGAGGAAGGG